UGCUAAGUAGUUGCAAAGUAACUAAAAAGUAGUAAGUAGUUGAAAAGUCGCUAAUUAGCUAAAAUGCUAAAGUUGACCGUGAUAAGAUUUGAACUCUCAACCUUUGGGUUGCUAGACAUUUUUGUUAUACAACCACCCGUCCACCUGUCUUUUCGCAAUCAUAUGAAAUCUAACACAUCAUAAGAAACGGGUUUAUGUACAGAAUAAUACGAAAUGCUCUGAGACCAGGUUGUGUGGGAGGAAGAUGACAAAACCUAUAGGGCAGGCCUAUUACGUGACGAUCAUCGUAAAAGAAGUCUCUGGUCGGAAUUCACGAAGGCUUCAAGAGGAAACAACUGAAAAACAAUCUCAUGACUUGUGUACGGUGGAUAUUUAUGUGAUGGAGCACCGKGUCGAAAGUCACAGAAUGAGUCAAUGGAAACAAAUUCAACAGCUCGAGUUCAAAUACCUGGAGCAGGUGGACUACCURUAUGAUGACAACUUCCCUAUGGGAAUUCGGCAGGUGCUUUCUGACUGGAUUGAAAGCCAGGACUGGGAUAUGGCCGCAAACCAUGAGUCCAUGGCGACAGUUCUCCUCAGCAAUCUCCUGUCUCAGUUGGACAGGCAGUAUUCUCAGGAACAGAACUUCCUACAAAGACACAACCUGAAGAACAUCAACAAGCAGUUACAGAUAAAAUACAAAGUCUACCCUCUGCUCAUGGCCAGGGUCAUCUCCACUAGCCUCAGAGAGGAGCGUCGUAUCAUCGCGUCAGCCAACAUACAGGAACAGGGCCCGUUGGAGAAGUCUUUGCAGAAUUCCGUGGCCUUCGAGAGACAGAAGAACAUGGACAACAGGGUGGCAGUGAUCAGGAGUAAUGUGCAGAUGCUGGACCAGGCAGUGAAAUGUCUAGAGGACAUGCAAGAUGACUUUGACUGCCGCUUCAAAACUAUCCAGUCUCGAGAUCCGGCGGACAGGAACACAGAGGGGAUGAAACAGGAAGUGAACCGACUGCAGGAGAUUCUCAACAACCUGGACUUUAAGAGGAAGGAGAACCUGUCUAAAAUGAGUGACGUGAUAAAAGAGAUUGACGCUCUGAUAGACUCCCAGCUGAACCCAGAGCUGAUGGAGUGGAAACGCAGGCAGCAGAUCAACUGUAUAGGUGGCCCACUGCUCACUGGACUGGACCAGCUCCAGAACUGGUUUACUCUGACAGCCCAGAGUCUGUUCCAGACGAAACGUCAGCUGGACAAACUGGGAGAUCUUAUCCUGAAGGUGACCUAUGCGAGCGACCCCAUCUCCUUGCAGAGACCGCAGCUGGAGGAGCAGGUCAAAUACCUAAUCGACCACCUCAUCAAAAGCUCAUUUGUGGUGGAGAAGCAGCCAUGGAUGCCAACCCACCCCCAAAAACCUCUCAUCAUCAAGACCGGGGUGCAGUUCACCACCAAAGUCAGAUUGCUGGUCAAACUCCCAGAGGUGGAUUAUCAACUCAAAGUGAAGACGAUAUUUGACAAGGACCUCCCCCCUGGCAGAGUACAUCGUCAGUUCUUCAUCCUGACUUCCACCACCAAAGUAAUGGACGUGGAGGAAUCAUCUAAUGGCUGUCUAUCUGUAGAGUUCAGACACUUGCAGCUGAAAGAGAAGAAAUAUGUUAACGGUACCAAGGUGAACGAGGGUCCUCUCUCUGUGACGGAGGAGCUCCACUCCCUCAGCUUCGAGGCCCAGUUCAACAUACAGGGCAUUAACAUCGACCUGGAGACCUGCUCUUUUCCUCUGGUGAUCAUCUCCAAUGUUAGCCAGCUGCCUGGAGGCUGGGCCUCCAUCAUGUGGUACAACAUGCUGACUGACGAACCCAGGAACCUGGACUUCUUUGCCAGUCCUCCGCGGGCCAGUUGGGGCCAGCUCUCUGAAGUGCUGAGUUGGCAGUUCUCGACUUUCACUGGGCGGGGCCUCAACAGGGAGCAGCUGUGCAUGCUGGGAGAGAAACUCAUGGGUCAGCAAGCCUCCCACAAUGAAUGUCAGGUAUCCUGGUCCAAAUUCUGCAAGGAGAAUAUUCCUGGGAAGCCUUUCAGUUUUUGGAUGUGGCUGGAUUUCAUCCUGGAGCUCAUCAAGAAGCACCUGCUCCCCAUCUGGAACGACAACUGCAUCAUGGGCUUUGUCAGUAAGGAGACAGAGAGGGCCUGUUUGAAGGACAAGGAGCCUGGGACAUUCCUGCUGCGCUUCAGUGAGAGCCACCUGGGUGGGAUCACUUUCACCUGGGUGAAGCAGUCCGACAGUGGAGAGGCUAAAUUAAUCUCGGUGGAGCCAUACACCAAAUCACGCCUCAGCGCUCUCCCGUUCGCCAACAUCAUCCGGGACUACAAGGUCAUCGCAGACGGAGAGGUCCCUGAGAACCCGCUCAAGUUCCUCUACCCCGACAUCCCCAAAGACGAGUCCUUCAGACGACAUUACAACAGUCAGCAGAGCACAGGCAAGAAGUCUUUCCAUAUAUAUCAUCUACAUGGAUCCCCAUCUCCACUUUGCAAUGAGUUCUCCGUACUCCGAGUAACACCAGAUGACCUGCAGAGUAUGCCAAGUAACUCACUCCUCUACGACUUGUGUUCCACUGAGGGCCACUGGAUCUGGCAUUUUCUCUUGCAUCUGAUCACAAUAUAUUGCUCUUCUAUCCAACUGCUAGUAUUGUCUUUGAGCCCAUUGUCAUGAAUACAAACGUAUAAUGUUGUAAAGUAGAUAUUACAUGCAGUGGUAUAUCACUUCUCAUAAAUAGAUGUAUUUAAUUGUGUGUAUUAUGAAAUGUCUUGUAUUAUGCUGUUGAUUUCUGUUUGGCUCUGUUAGUCUAAAACUUCUCUAUCAAGAACCAAGGUUUGUACAAAGAAUGUUUAUUAUCCUAUUCUUUUUCAUUAGUUUAGCUACCAAUUUGAUAUUUUUGCACUAAGAGCCCAAGGCCUCUCGAGUAGAAAAAGGGUUUAACUACAUAUGAUUUAUUGUCUUUAUUACUGAGUAAUAGUAUACCUAUAGAUAGCCAUGAUCAACAAUCAGAGGAUGGAUAAAAUAUUGUACUGGACAAAGCAAUAUUUUUCAUCAGAUUUUCUCUCCUUGAAUAAAGAUUUCUGACCUAUG